AUGAAGUUGUCCAAGCUUAAGGAUCUUCAAAGGUUUUGGAAAGUAAUACCAUCUGGUUAUCAACAGUAUGAAGUCAGACUUGGGUAUGAUGCAUAUGUUGUGGAUAUUGGUAGUAGGAUAUGUGCCUGCAGAACUUGGCAGUUAACAGGUUACCCUUGUGUGCAUAGGUAUGCUUGCAUUGCAAGCCUCAACAGGGAUGUAGAGGAGUAUGCGUCACCAUGGUUUACCACAUCAAUGUACCUAAACUGUUACAGGUAUACCAUUAACCCACUAAAUGUUAGUGACAUGUGGCCUCAUGUAGACUACAUCAGCCCAUUGCCCCCCCCCCCCCAAAAGGAAAGGCUACCAGGAAGACCAUCAACAAAAAGGAAAAGGGAUCAGAUUGAGAGGGAAAACCAAGGAAAAAAGCAUUCAAUCACAAAAAGAGGUAGUGUGAUGAAAUGCAACAUAUGUAGGGAAAGUAGGCAUAAUAGAACAACCUGUCCUCAGAAACCAAUUGGGGAAUCAUCAAAUGCAAGUUCAAAGAAAAAGAAAUCCAAGAAAGCUGAUAAAGUGAAGGUUGUAUUGGCACAUGAAGUUGAUAUUGACAGUGACAGUGAAGUUGAAAUAGAACCUGAAAGUGAUGUUGACUCUUUUGAUCUUGAAUUUGAAGAUGAUGUGCAACCUGAAGUUGAAGAUGGAGUAGAACCUGAAGUCCAAGAUGGAGUGCAACAUGAAGUUCAAGAUGAAGUGCAAGCUGAAGUUGAACCUGAAAAGCAUCCUGAAGUUCAUGAUGCUAACCAAGUUGAAGUUCACCUUGCAGUUCAAGCUGAAGUUGAACCUGAAGUGCAAGUUCAAGUUGAAGAUGCUAACCAAAUUGUAGUUCAAGAUCAAGUGGAAAUACCAGCUUUUCAAGUUGUAGUGGGAAAGAGGGCAAGGAAAUCUUUAGAAAGAAUUACAAAACUGAAGAUAAGAAAGAUGUGGGAGGGAAAACAGGGCAGUAGUGAUGACAAUCCGUAUGAGUUGGAUUAACUUUUGUCUUAUUGUACUGUUGUUAAUGUUUUUGGCAUCAUUGACUGAUAUCUUUUAACUUUGGAAUCUUUUGGCACAUCUUUUGAAAACUAGUUGGAAUAGCUUAACUUUUUGCACAUCUUUUGG